UGAAUGACAACGUACCUGAAUGGGCCAUGGAACCCUUCCCCUUCUUGGCUGUGGUUUCUCCUCAAGCUGCAGUAGGUACUGAAGUGUACAAGCUGCUUGCUCUGGAUGCAGAUGAAGGGAUCCAUGGAGCAGUAGAAUACUUUCUCCUGGAAGGUGGAGAAGGCAGAUUUGAAAUUGAGAAGGACACUGGCUGGAUUAAAACAACAGGUUUGCCAUUGGUGAAGGACAGAGAGUACUUACUGACUGUACUAGCAGCAGAUAAACUUGGAAGUAAAGGGUCUCCAGCCUCUGUUUCUAUAAUUGCUGGACUUCGACCACCACAGUUUGCCAAUGUAUCAUACAUUGCUUAUGUUCCUGAAAGUAUGCCACAAGGAAAAUCGUUUCUUACAGUCUCUGCUAUAUCAUAUCAGAAGAAAUCCUUGAGCUACAGUUUAUUAACUAAUCCUAGUGGUCUUUUCAGCAUUGAUCAGACAACAGGAGAUAUCAGCUUAAUUCAGAGUGUGGAUUAUGAGAGUGACCAACACCAGUAUCUUCUUUUGGUCAGAGCCGAAGAAAACGAGGAGCAGCUCAGUAGCGCAGCUGAAGUUUUAAUUGUAAUCACAGACGUGAAUGAUUGUGCCCCAGAAUUCCAACAGUUGAUUUACAGCAAAGAUAAUGUUCCUGAAACAGUUCCUAUGACCACUGCCCUUCUACAAGUAAGAGCCACUGACUGCGAUACAAAGGAGAACGCUGAAAUACUGUAUUACACUUUGAGUCCAGAUUUUAGUGUUACUUCUCAUGGUACUGUUUUUCCAGCAAAAGAACUGGACUACGAGCGGCCUGACCAUCUUUAUGAGUUCAUAAUUAUGGCUGUAGAUAAAGGGGAAGAGCCCAAGACUGGGACAACAACUGUUAGGAUCCAUAUUUCAAAUGUGAAUGAUGAAGCACCUGAGUUUUCCCAGGCAAUCUACAGGAGUUUUGUUUCUGAAGAUGCAGGCCCAAAUACACUGGUUGCUACAGUUAAUGCUGUUGAUCCUGAUGGAGAUGGCAUAAUAUAUGAUAUUCUAUCUGGGAAUCAAAAAGGAAACUUUGUUAUUGACCAUAAGAGAGGGCUAGUCAGCCUUCGUUCAAGUCCCUUUCCUAAGCUGCAGGGGACAGAGUAUGUUCUUAAUGUCACAGCUGCUGAUGAUAAUGCCUCUGGAGGGCCCCAUUCUCUUACAAGUACUGCUCAGGUUAUUGUGAAAAUUGAUGACGUCAAUAAUAACAAACCUGUCUUUCAGAAGUGUCAGUAUUAUCGGGAACGUGCUUCAGUUUUGGAAAACCAGCCUUCAGGAACAGUUGUACUGCAGGUUGAAGCCACUGAUGGUGAUGAAGGAGCCAAUGGUGUAGUGAAAUAUGGCUUGAUGCACAGAGAUGGUGUCCUACCAGCAUUUAGUAUUCAUCCUGACACAGGAGUCCUGACAACUGUUCAGGUAUUUGAUCGAGAAAAACAGAGGGAAUAUCCUAUCACCGUGACAGCAACAGAUCAGGCNNNUGAACCGCUUAUUGGAACAUGUCAGAAAAAUGUUAUUAUCCUGGACCAAAACGACAAUGAUCCCCGAUUUGAAAACGCCCACUAUGAAUAUUUCCUAAGAGAGGACACGAGAGUUGGGACCAGCUUUCUUCGUGUUGCAGCCCGUGAUGUUGACUGCAGCUCAAAUGCUGCUAUUACAUACUCCAUAGCAAAUGAUGAACCAGAUUAUUUACAAAUUGAUCCUAGUACAGGCUGGGUCUUUGUCAGCCAACCCAUAUCUCAGAGAUCACCUAUAAUUCGGGAGAUUAUUGCUACAGAUGGAGGCAAUCGGAGCAGUAAAGUUGAGCUUGCAGUAACUGUUAGCAGUGCAAAAUACCAGCUUCCACAGUGGGAAAGAGACAGUUAUGAAGUUGUUAUUCCAGAGAAUACUACACGAGAUGCAUCGGUUUUGACAAUCAAAGCAACCUCGCUCCUUGGUGAUCCCCGUGUGACUUAUAACCUAGAAGAGGGACUUGUUCCGGAGACCAACAUGCCGGUUCGUUUCUACCUGACUCCAAACAGAGAUGAUGGUUCUGCUUCAAUCCUGGUAGCUGAGCCACUAGAUUAUGAAACAACAAAGAGCUUUCUGCUGAGGGUUCGAGCACAGAAUGUUGCUGCAGUUCCUCUGGCAGCAUUUGCUACAGUCUAUAUUAACGUAACAGAUGUCAAUGAUAAUGUCCCGUUCUUCACUUCGUCUGUUUAUGAAGCCUCAGUAGCAGAGGGAGCUGGUGUUGGGACAUUCGUUGUUCGAGUCUCUGCUACUGACCUUGACCUUGGUCUGAAUGGUGAGAUAACUUACUCCCUGCUCCAUGACCAUAAUGGAGACUACACAUGUUUUUGCUUGGAUGCACAGACAGGCUCAAUAUACACUACCUCAGUGUUUGACAGAGAGAAGAAGGGGUCCUAUCUUUUAGAAGUCAAGUCAGCAGAUGGCUCUGAAUCAGCUCGACCUGGAAAACGUGGGAAGCCAAACUCUGACAGGGCCUAUGUGUACAUUUUUAUCAGCGAUGUGAAUGAUAACAAGCCUGUCUUCACUCAAAGUGUCUAUGAAGUAAAUGUGGAUGAAGACCAGGAUGUGGGCUCAAUUGUCAUUACAGUCAACGCUAAUGAUGAAGACGAAGGAACAAAUGCUAAAUUGCGGUACCAGAUCACAGCUGGAAACACAGGAGGAGAACUUGAUGUAGAACCAGAAACAGGAGCCAUUUUUAUUGCUCAGCCACUAGAUUAUGAAGAAACAAAAAUGUAUGAGAUUCAUUUGUUGGCCUCUGAUGGGAAAUGGGAAGAUUAUGCAGUUAUCAUCAUCAAUGUAAUGAAUAAAAAUGAUGAGGCUCCAGUUUUCUCUAUCAAUGAAUACUAUGGAAGUGUAACUGAGGAACUGGAUGGGUUACCAGUCUUUAUACUUCAGGUUGUGGCAAAUGAUCCUGAUAGUAAUGUGAAUGAAGGAGAUGUGAGAUAUUCAUUACAUGGGCACGGUGCAGCUGAUGUUUUCACAAUAGAUGAGAACACCGGCAGCAUUUAUUCACAGAAGAUGCUGGAUCGGGAAGAAAGAGCGCUAUGGAGAUUUGUGGUAUUGGCUACUGAUGAAGGCGGAGAAGGACUUACUGGAUUUGCUGAUGUAAUUAUUAAUGUGUGGGAUAUAAAUGACAAUGCACCCGUGUUCACAUGCAUGCCUGGUGAUUGCAACGGGAGUGUCUUUGAAAAUUCUCCUGCAGAUGUGUUAGCCAUGGAAAUGACUGCAGUUGAUCUUGAUGAUCCAAAUGUAGGUCUUAAUGCAGUUCUGACUUAUAGGAUAAUGGAGAAUUUAAAAAAUCAGCUUGGUACCAAUUUAUUUAACAUCAAUCCCAAUACUGGCACAAUCCAUGUAGCAGAGGGAAUGCUGGACAGAGAGAGGACUGAAAAAUAUUUUCUUACUGUUGAAGCAAGAGAUGGGGGAGGUCUGACAGGAACUGGCACAGCCACUAUCUGGAUUGCGGAUGUUAACGAUCACGUACCUAAAUUCACAAAAGAAAUGUGGCAGGCAAUAAUUCCUGAAAACAAUGUCAUUGACUCAGAAGUUCUGCAAGUGUCUGCUACAGAUGCAGAUGUUGGGGAAAAUGCUCGCCUAACAUUCAGUAUCAUUGGGGGAGAUCCGGAUCAGAAGUUUUACAUUGAGAAUGACACAGAAUGUCAAUGUGCUACCAUCAGACUGAAAAAAAAAAUUGAUUUUGAGAAAGCACAUGAAAGGCAGUUUAAUCUUACUAUUAAAGUGCAAGAUCUUGAUUUUUCUAGUAUUGCAUCGUGCCUGAUUGAAGUUGAAGAUUCGAAUGAUCACAGACCAGUUUUUCAUUCUCAUUUUAUUCAGACAAGCCCUUUUGAAAAUAUGCCUGUAGGUACUACAGUAACCACAGUGAGUGCUACAGACAAGGAUUCUGGUUUGAAUGGAAAGAUUAUAUAUUCUAUCAAGUCAGAUUCAGAUCCUAUGAGACAGUUUGCAGUUGACCGACAUGGUCAUGUGAUUGUAGUGGGUGCGCUGGAUCGUGAAGUCAUUCAGAAAUACAGUUUAAUUGUGCACGCCUCAGAUCAAGGGAAUCCUGCCCAAACCGGAAGUGUUACAGUUUUGAUUAACUUGCUUGAUGUUAAUGACAAUGGGCCAAGUUUUGAGACAGCAUACAUGCCUGUAGUUUGGGAAAAUAUCUUGAGGCCCGAAACGGUAUAUAUGAACCAUACAUCAAAGCUGCUUCAUGCAUUUGAUCCGGACAGUGAGGAAAAUGGGCCACCCUUUACAUUUUCCUUGCCACCAGAUUAUCAGAAUUCUUUGGAUUUUUCUCUUACUGACAACAGAAAUAACACAGCAACCAUUACAGCUUUGAGGUCCUUUGACAGAGAAAAGCAGAAAGUGUUUCAUUUGCCAGUAAUUAUAACAGAUAGUGGCAUUCCAGCUAUGAGCACUACAAACAUGCUAACUAUAACAAUUGGUGAUGAAAAUGACAACUCCCAUGAAUCUGGCCAUAAGGAAGUCUAUGUGUACAGUAACAAAGGGAAAUGGUCAACAGCAGUGCUUGGGGAAGUGUUUGCACCAGAUCAGGAUGACCUGGACAAUAAAACAUUUCUCUCUGAAGGAAAAUUGCUCAAAUAUUUCAGAUUAAAUCAGAGGACUGGUUCUCUGAUGAUGGUGGAUAAUGCUCCCCAAGGAACGUACAACUUAAAAGUUAGAGUUUCUGAUGGAGUUUGGCCUGAUGUUAUAUCUACAGUACAAAUCUAUGUCCAAGAGCUGGAAAAUGAAGCCAUACAAAAUUCAGCCACUGUGCGUCUAGCAGAUGUCACAGCAGAGGAGUUCAUAAGGAGAGAUGAAUAUGGCAGAAACAGACACGACAAAUUCAAGGAAUUACUAGCAAAAAUAUUUUCAACACAGCUUAGUGAUAUCACUGUCUUCAGUGUGUUGAACAUUGGUGGAAAACAGACAGAUAUAAGAUUUUCCGUCACUGAUGGCUCUGCGUAUUACAGACCAGAGAAACUGCAUGCUGAGAUGGCAGCAUUUCAAAAUGAGAUCCAAUCAGCUUUACAAGUGAACGUUUCACAGAUCGAUGUAGACGAAUGUAGGAGGGCAAAUUGUAGCAACGGCAACAGUUGUACAAACUACUUCACAGUGAGUGACAUCCCAACAGUGAUGGAUACUGGAAGUGUGUCAUUUGUCUCUGUAACAACCACCAUCAAUACAGUCUGCACCUGUCCAGCUAGGGACCGAGUUCAUCAGUCUUGUGCCUCUUACCCUCGAAGCCCUUGUCUCAAUGGUGGGAGGUGUAUUGACACUUUGAGUGGUUACAGAUGUCUUUGCCCUGCUUCGUUUCAUGGACCAGACUGCCAGCAGACUAAGCAUAGUUUCCAUGGAAAUGGUUAUGCAUGGUUUCAUCCCAUCAGGCCAUGUUUUGAGAGCUCACUCUCUCUUGAGUUUAUUACGGGAGUUGCAGAUGGACUUUUACUAUAUAGUGGUCCUUUAUCAAAUCCAGAACCCGGGAGUACAGAAAACUUCAUUGCAAUAGAACUCUCCAGUGGUGUUCCUGUGCUGAAGAUGAGCCAUGGCUCAGGUUCAGUGAUGCUGCAGUUACCAAGUCACUUGAAUGUAACAGACAAAAAAUGGCAUAAGUUAGAAGUCAGAACCAGUGAUCAGGAUGUUCGAUUCACUUUGGAUCACUGCAGUGCAGCUGCUGUUUCAGAGAGGGAAGGAGUAGGUAAAUGGCUGUCUACUGAAGAUCGUACAAAUUGUGAAGUCUUUGGGUCUGUUCCACGAAGAACAAGGUAUCUAAAUGCGAACCAUGUUCUUCAGCUGGGUGGUGUAAAAGAAUCAUUACCAUAUUCCUACCCGCAGUUGCUGCACAGACAUUUUCACGGUUGUUUGCGCAAUUUCAUCUUGGAUACUCAGGUGUACGACCUUCAGUCUCCUGCAGAGUCCCUGAAUAGCUUCCCUGGCUGCACGCUUACGGAUGGGAGCUGUGAGACCAUGGGGUCGUCUUCCUGUGGUGUUCAUGGGAGAUGUCUUGGAGACUGGGGCUCAUUUGCUUGUCAUUGUUUGCCAGGUUACUAUGGCUAUCGAUGUGAUAGAGUUGCCAAAGAAUAUACAUUUGGACCAGGAAGUCAUAUUCGCUAUCAGCUUCCUGUCAGUAUGCCUGCCCGUAGGACACUGUUAGAAGCCAUGAUUAGGACACGGCAGCCUGACAGUGUCAUCAUGAGCAUGUCCUCUCGAAAUAAGGAUGAACACAUCACCCUGCAGGUGGUUCAGGGAUUCUUAAUGGUCUCAUAUAAUCUGGGUGAUGGAGACUAUUCUGUAAGCCUUCCCUCCUACAACAUUGAUAAUGGUGAAUGGCAUCAUAUCACACUGGAGAGAAUUGGAAAUGAAUUUACUCUUCGCCUUUAUGAAGGAGGUGGGAAGAGGGAAAUUCUGAGAGCAGGAGGAGUAUACAAAGAGAUUGUGAUUGACCCUAGCAGCUUGAUCCUUGGAAACACCUAUCCAUUCGAUCAAAAUCAGAGUUUUCAAGGAUGUAUGAAGGAUGUCAGAUUUAAUAACUACAGGUUGCCUCUGGAUACUCACUUGAAGGAGCCGGUGUCGAUAUUAAGUUCCCAGGGAGUGAAAGAAGGCUGCUCUUCAGAGGCUUGUAGGAAUAACCCUUGUAACCAGGAAUUUAUUUGUAUUGAUUUGUGGAUGAUGCACGAAUGCAGUUGCCCUCCAGGACACAUGAUCACGGAGAAUGCCUCUGGUAAACACUGUGUAUACACCGCAUGUGCUAAAAGGCCCUGUAACUAUGGUACCUGUGUCUCGCAGUCGCCAACCAAGUUCCGGUGUGACUGCCCUGAUGGCUACGCUGGACGCAACUGUGAAGUCACACUGGCGAUCUUUCACAAGGAUGCUGGCUUGAGCUUUAGUUCCAUGUUUGCCAUCUGCAUUUGCUUUUUGGCAUUGUUAGUUCUGAAUGAUUGCUGGGUUUUGCAGCUAUGUGUUUACACAGUUCUGCUUAGUGCUGUGUUCUUGUGGGCUCACUGGAAGACUCACCAAGGUGUGAAUGGAGGAGUUUACCAUAUACCUGCAUGUCAUGAGGAUUUGGAAGACAUCAGAGAAAAUAUCCUCAACUACAAUGAAGAAGGCGGUGGGGAGCAAGACCAAGAUGCAUACAACAUGGCAGAGCUCCAGGUGUCUAUCCAAACCAGUCCAGACUACUGCUUCUACAAGAAGAAAGGAAAAACAGCAAAACUGAACAGUUUCUUUAGUGAUGUGUCCCCGAUCGUGCAGGAGCAGACCAAAACAUCAGCAACUAAAAGAAGAACAUCUUUUACUAGUGGAGACUUUGGUCAGUACUUGUUGGAUGUUGUUAGAAGUGCUGACCUUCAGCCCCAGGCUUUACCCCAGGAUUCGCUGCAGGUGUUUUAUACUGAAGGAGAAGGCUCGGUUGCUGGCAGUCUCAGUACUCUGGGUUCCUCUGGACUGGAGGAAGAGGCAGUCUGUGACGACAUUAAAGACUGGGGACCAAAGUUUGAGAAACUAAGUGAACUGUACUCACAUACAGAUGCAGACCUGUAGAUUACCAGGUCUACUACAUUGGAAGUUUUGGAUGCAAGCAUGAAGACUAUUCAGUUUUAGUUCUCUUGCUACAUUUUUUUUUUUUAAUUGCUGUAAGAGUUGAUUCAAAUUCACACUAAAACAUUUAAUAGGACCUAACCUUGGGGCAUUUUGGAUGUUUACUUCUUGGGAUGUAAACUACAUGGGAAGAGUAAAGGCCAACUUGAGGCACUCAGUCAUUCAAAUACAACAGUUGAGAAAUAAAGGACUUUAGCUUAUGCAUAGAGCCUCUUUCCAACAUGGUGCUUAAAACAUGCUCUCUGUAGUGCUUUCAAUACUUUAUAGGAGUUUUAGCAGUUUUUGAAGAAAAAAGCAAGUUGUCUGUUUCUUUUGUGUGGAACUAAAGGCCGUUUUGUACUGUAUCCGUCCCGUUUCCCUGACUGAGCCUCAGUUACAGGGGCUGCUGACUGAGCGUGGUGCUUGGGGUGCUCAGGAGGGUCCAUGGGUCCAGGUAAAGGAAUGGAGCAGCAUGGAUGGUGUUAACUUCGAUUAUAACUUAGUGAAGUCCCCUUAUGCUGCUGUACCAAUGAGAAGAGUUAACGUAGGCCUAACACAUCCAGUCAGCUUCUUGCAACUAAAUGCUUUUCUCAGACUAGAUUAAGAGGUCAGGUCCUCUUAAAAACGAGGCCCAAAGAUCACUAGUUAGGAAUUUCAGCAGCAAACACCACAGUUCACCUUUCUCAUUUCUAAUGGGCUACUAAACUGAGUCUAAACUUAAGACCAGCCUGAGACAGGUAAUUUGCAUCUAUAAUCUGUUCCUUAUGUUACUGUUUCACUAAACCUCCUUUUGUAGAAUCAUUCUCGUUACUAAGAACGGGGUUUGAGAAGCUGGAGAUCACCUGUUUUAGCAGAAGCACUGACCAACUACAAAUGUAACCUUGCCAGGGAGAGCUGACCCUGGGGUAUGUAUGCAUACGCCUGAUAAAAAAGACUGAUCAUAUUCAGUGAAGAAAAAAAUCCAAGAUCCCGUGGAUGUUGUAAAAAUGUCAAAGGACUUAAGAUCUUUCCUAUAUCCAAAAAAUAAUCUCAUGCAGCACUGUGACUUCUAAAACUAAAAACCCUGUGAUAGACGAAACCCUGCUAAAAGGCUAAGUCAAAGAUGGUAAUUUUUCAAAAACUAUAAAUUAGCUACAAGAAUACAAACAUACUGGCUGCUAAUUUAUUUUAGCACUAUGAUAGCACAUAACAAUGCAGCACUCAAGUGCUUUUUGGUAGAAAAUCAGGAUCAGCUGGGGACAGAGAGAGAGAGGAAGAAACAGCAGUUACCGAGGGUUGAAUGCUGUAUUCUAAACUGAUCAGUCCCUUUUUCAGACCAUUUGCUGUCAGCUAGUAUUCUGGAUUUUUUUUUUUUAAGGAAAAAAAAAUGUAUUUGAAGUGGAGAAGGCUCCAUACUUUUUUUUUUUUUAAAGUUGAAACCACUUGUAUAUAUUGAGUCAAGUGCAGCAAGAACACGAUUAAGGAUAUUCUGUGCCGUUUCUUUGCCUUUAAUAUAAAUACGUUUUAUAGAUUCUAAGAUUUAUUCUUGUUUCUUUACAACAAAGCAUAAAACAAUGAUGUAUUGUACACUGAUGCAUUGUAAAAUUAAGACACUACUACUCCUUUGCUUACAGGUGCAUCAGUAACUGUUUUGAGGAUGUCAAACAUGCUGCAAAGGUCUGACUUUUAUUUUAUAUAUGUAUGUAUGUAUAGGCUACAUUAAUCUGCACAUUUCCCAAAUCAAAUGUACAAGCAGGAUGUUGUUCUCACGCACAUCUGAUCAUUUGUGACACUCUUUGGAAAAUCUUGAGUGCACAAUCAACAAACAGUUGCAUGCUCCAGAUAAUGUGGGUUUUUUUAAUCUGGAAAAGAUAGAAAUGCGUUUUUCACCCAUGCUUAAUAAUUUUAAUUCACAGAUAGUACAUAGUCUGCAAUUUUUAUAAUUUUACUGAUAACACUUAUCUGCGGGGAAACAGGUUAGAAUAUCUUGUCAUGUUCCCAAGUCAGGUGCAUCAGCUUCUGUAUUUCCUGACCAUAGCAGUCACAACCAAGGUAUGAAAAAACGAAGUAAAUAGAUAUUAUGCACAAAAAUCUAUCCCUUCCCCAAAAGCAGUAAUUAUGUCUGUAUCCCUUAUGUUCUCUCCACUGCUAUGGAUAUGCUGUCAUUUUGGUUAUUUUUAAUGUAAUUCAGCUUGUAAGGUCCUUGGGGCAAGGACUGUCUUUUGAUUUGCCUGUGA